AUGGCUGUCCCCCUGCGCCGGUUACAUCAUGUUUCGCUCCACGUUAACAACGGACAAAAGUUAGCUUACGACCUCGUCUCCAAAUAUAAUUUCAACUUAUUUGCCACGAGGAUAACCGACAGGUCCAGGCAGGUUGCUUUCAGGAAAGGAGCGGCGGUUUUCGUGGUGAAUGAAGGCCCGGGAUGUGAGGAGGCGGGUAGGCGGGACGGCGUAGCCCCCAAACAUCCCGCAGAUCUACACCGAGCCAAGCAGCGUAAUUCCCCGUCGUGUCUUUACGAUGUCCACCCUCACCACCCGGUGGACUCUGUCAGCAACGUGUGCUUCGAGGUGGAGGAUGUGGAAAGGUCGUUCAAGGUUCUCCGCCAUCUGGGCUGCAGUUUCCUGGUGCCUCCCACGACUGUGGAGGACAAGGACGGUGCCGUCACCUACUCGGUGGUGAAGUCGAUCGUGGGGAACGUGUGCCACACGCUGAUCGACAAGACCAAAUAUGAGGGGGUCUUCCUGCCCGGGUUUAAUGCCACGGACAGUGACUGGAGCGUGGAAGAAGAAGACGAGCCUUGUCCUGUCACACAUUUUGAUCACAUAACUUACGCCUGUCCCAGGAAAUCAACCCACCAAGUCAUGCAGUGGUAUGAGAAACUCUUUGGCUCCCAGAGGUUUUUCAUUGGGAGCAAUGAAGAUGUGGAUGAAGGCUUUGUGGUGAACCAGGAGGGCGUCGGACUACGACUCACUGCCAUGCAGUUCUGGAAAUGCAGCGAAGCGGGCAUCGCUCUGCCCUUCGUGCACCAGAAAGAGCCCGACUGCAAGUUUGUCAUUGCGGAAUCACUCCCUCAUCAAGGUCGCAACCAGGUCGACACCUUCUUGGAGCAGCACCAGGCAGCGGGGAUCCAGCACAUUGGGCUCUACACCAACAACAUAGUCUCCACUGCCAAUGGGAUGGCUGAAGCUGGUGUCCAAUUCUUCUCCCCUCCUCCUGCCUACUACACACAGAUUGGAAAACAGCAGGAAAUAGAGGAGGCAGGACACAGCCCUCAGACGCUGUCGCAGCAUGGGAUUCUUCUGGAUACAGACCUGCACCAGGACCCCUCAUCUCGGGGAGAUCGCAGCGAAAACAAAAAAUAUCUUCUUCAGGUGUUCACCAAGCCCAUAUUUGCUGAGGACACCUUCUUCCUGGAGCUGAUAGAGAGAAGAGGAGCAACGGGCUUUGGCGAGGGCAACAUCCGGGCGCUGUGGAGGUCCGUGCACGCGUACAUGGAGAACGAACGGAAGGAUGCAGACGGAGAGGGAUCUGCAAAAGCUGUGCAAUCUGCUCAAUAACGGUCCACCUUUUUACUGUAGGUUUAACUUAAUGCACAUCAUUGUUACAGUGUCUGUUUUG